AUGUUUAUACUAAAAAUAUUUGUCUCCCUCAAUCUUCUAUCUACAGUUCGUUCUCAUCUAAAAGACGAUGAUCUGAUCAUUGAACCGUUGGAUUUAUUUCUUAAUUCAAGCGAUUCAUUGGGUAUUUUAUAUUGCAAUAGUCAAGUUCCAAUCGCUGCAGAAGGUAAAAUCCUAACGGCUUCGUUUGGCAAACCAGUAGAAGCGCCUCCGGCAUUUGGUUUUCGAACUGAAACACAUAAUUCAACAACACUUAAAAUUCUCAUUAAACCGAACAAUUUCAUCGGUGCGAAUUACAUCUAUUGUCAUUGGAAUAACAAUAUCACUUAUGGUCAGAAAGCGGAUCUUGUUAUUGGAGAAAAACCUGGUAUUAUUGAAUUGAAAGAACCUUGUCGUGCAUAUGAUUAUCUUUAUGUUGAAUGUCAAUUGCAUGCGCCAGUAAUUGCUCGCGGAUUUCAGAAUGGCUUUCGAAAACUUUUUGAUUUUACGGAACUGACGACAAAUGAGCGAUUCUAUCAUCAUGUACCGGAACUGAUCAAAAUUGUUAAUAAUGAAGAUUUGAUUUUUCGUUUCAAACCACUUGAUCGAGGUCACAUUCCCAAAGAUGUUCUGAUGAAUGUCAAUCUGACAUUAGCUGGUUUCGGUUCAUCAAUCUUCACAUUUUUCAUCAGGCCAAAGUUCACUACUCGCGUGGACUUUCGAAUAGAAAACAUUCUUUCAACACGUGCGACGAUUCACAUCAAAUACAACAAAACAGGCGCUGUGAGCAAUCGCCUAUGCUCAGGGUACAUUCAAUCACAGAAGGACUCCAACCGAUGGGAAUAUUUCUCAAACGUUACAGCAACUUCAAAUGAUAAGAUUGAACUUAGUUAUCUUCGACCGUCAACCGAAUAUCAAAUAUGUCUUCGUUGUUAUCAUAAACUAACUGAUGACUCCUUUGAUGAAAAACAUUGUCAAAAAAUAAUUACAGAAUCACUGUUUUCGAAUAAAUUCUUUGUGGCAAUCGUUAUCAUUGCAGGUGUACUAGUUAUUUUAAUUGUUCUAUACGUAAAACGACGAAUAGAUCAGAAGAAACAGUCAGCAAGCCAAACGACGAUCAAUCAGCAUGAUCCCUUGCUACAGCCUCCAGUUGUUGACUUACCAGUGCUUCGAGAACAGUCUAUCGGUUCCGCAGACACUCAGUCGAUUCAUACUGACCGAUAUGAACAUUUUGGAACUGAUUUCAACGAAACCAUAGGAGUGGCCGAUCGUGUUUGUCCAGAUACCAGGGACUUGACAUGUUCCAGAAUGAAUAUGUCAACGUAA